AUGAAGUUCUCGGCCGUGUUCGCGGCCGUUGCCGCCCUCCUCGCCGUUCCCCUGGCGGUUGCCGACGCCCCCGUCAAGAACGAGGGCAUCUCGGCCGAAGUCGUGAUUCCGGACAAGUACAUCGUCAAGUACAAGGACAACGCCGACCCGACCAAGAAGAAGCAGCACGAGCAGGACAUCACUGCCAAGGCCCAGAAGUCCAAGAAGGGCGGUGUCGUCGAGAACAUCGACAUUGACGGCCUCUCGGGCUACGUGGCCGAGAUCCCGUCCUCGGAGCUCAAGGACCUGACUUCGUCUCCCUUGGUCGAGUACGUGGAGAAGGACGCCGUCGUCAACCACACGGCCGUGGCCGCCGAACCCGUGAGCCUCGAGAAGCGCGGCCUCCUGACGCAGAUCAACGCCCAGUGGGGUCUCGGCCGCAUCUCGCACCGCGGCCGUGGGAGCAGCAGCUACACGUACGACUCGACCGCCGGAUUCGGUGUGCGCGUCUACGUCAUCGACACGGGCGUGCGGACGACGCACAACGACUUUGGCGGCCGCGCCGUCUGGGGCGCCAACUUUGUCGGCGGGCUGAACACGGACGAGUACGGCCACGGCACGCACGUCGCCGCCACCAUCGCCGGCACGACCUACGGCGUCGCCAAGCGCGCCACCAUCGUGGCCGUCAAGGUCCUCGACAAGAACGGCGUCGGCUCCAUCUCAGGCGUCAUCGCCGGCAUCAACUGGGCGGUCAAGGACGCCAAGAACCGCGGCGUGGCCAAGAAGGCCGUCAUCAACAUGUCGCUAGGCGGCGGCACCUCGAGCGCGCUCAACGCCGCCGUCGCGGCCGCCACCAGCGCCGGCCUGACCGUCGUCGUCGCCGCGGGCAACAACAACGGCGACGCCAGCGGCAUCUCCCCCGCCUCGGCGCCCAGCGCCAUCACCGUGGCCGCCGUUGAGGGCACCGACUACCGUGCUUGGUUCUCCAACUUCGGCGCCCGCGUCGACCUCUUCGCCCCCGGCGUCAGCAUCCUCAGCGCCUACAUUGGCAGCAACAGCGCCACUGCCUACCUCAGCGGCACCAGCAUGGCCUCUCCCCACGUCGCCGGCCUGGCCGCUUAUUUCAUCGCCAAGGAGGGCCUGAGCGGCUCCACGGCCGUCACCAACCGCAUCCUCAGUGCCGCCUCGGUCAACUACGUCUCCGACGUCAAGGGCUCGCCCAACAGACUUGCGUACAAUGCCGACGGCCUCUGA